CGAAAUGCCAAAGCGGCAGGAAGAUUGUUUCUCUAAAAUCUGAGCCGGUUUUAAGGAAGAUUCGGCGUUUUGUCGACCCUACAACAACAGAAACACACGGAUGGCUUCAGCAAGCUGUGGGUCUCCAAUCGAGGUUUCACAUGAAUCCUUCCCACUGUUGAGAGCUGGCAUCAAAACAGAGCCAGAAUCUGACCUUGGGAGCUCCCAGGUCAAGGUCAAAAUGGAGGAUUCCAAGAAUUGUGGGUCUCCAACCAAAGUUUCCCAGAAAAGCCUCCCACCAUUGACAGAUGACAUCAAAACAGAGUCAGGAAUUGAUCAUGACCUUGGGGGCUCCGAGGUCAAGGUCAAAAUGGAGGAUUCGCCUAGCAACAGUGGUGAUGAGGAGCCCAACAUGUAUGAGGAUGAGGAUGACAACACGACUGAGCUAACUGAUUACUACGGUAACCAGUUUGGAGCUGUGUCCUCCCAACAGGUGAACUGGGCGGCCUGCCGAACGAACAGGACCAGUGAGAAACCCUACAUGUGCUGGGAAUGCGACUACCGAACGGCGAACAAGUCCCACCUCUCCCUCCACAUAAAAAAACACAACGGAGAGCGAGUGUACAGUUGCAAACAGUGCGAUUUCUGCGCAGCGAAGAAAAAGGACUUAGACACACACAUGGCGGCGAAACAUCGCGGAGAGAAACCCUACAAAUGUAAAGAGUGUGGGCUGACAUUCGGUUCCAAGUUCGGCCUGUCGAAUCACAUGAAAACCCACACAGGAGAGGAGCCGUACGUGUGUGAGGAGUGCGAGUACACCACGUAUGUGAAGGGCAGCAUGGCCGUGCAUAUGAAGAUCCACACUGGGGUGAAACCCUACAGGUGUGACCAGUGCGACUACCGCUCCGCUACAAAAAUCCAGCUGGACCGGCACCUGAAACAACACACAGGUGACAAACCCUACGUGUGCACAGUGUGCGGCCACAGGGCAGCGCUCAAAUCCCAUCUCGAUCAGCACAUGAAGACCCACGUCGGGGAAAAGUCAUUCAAGUGUGACCAGUGUGACUUCAGCACGGUGUGGAAGGGCAGUCUGGACAUCCACUUGGCCAAACAUGCCGACGAGAAACCCUACAUGUGUGGGGAGUGUGGCUUCAGAACUGUGUAUAAAGUCAGCCUGGCUAAGCACAUGUCCACCCACACCCGGGACUACCCUCACAAGUGCACCCUCUGCAGCUACUCUUCGGUGCAGAAGAAAAACCUGGAAAUCCACAUGGCAAAACACAUGGGCAUCCCAAUGGAGAAACGCUACGUUUGCAAGGACUGUGGUUUCCGUACUGCCUACCACUCUGGUCUCGCCAGGCAUCUGAAGAGACACAAGGGGCUGAAGCCGUUCAAAUGUAGCCAGUGUGACUUUGGUGCGAUCGACCAGAAAACUUUGGACAGUCACGUGGCCAAGCACAAGGGGAAGGAGCCGUUUGUGUGCAACAAGUGUGGGUUUAGAACAAUCAGCAGGUCUCACCUGUCUAAACAUUAUGUAACACACGCACCUGAAAAUCCAGACGGUUGAAGCAUAAUACACAAUACAUGCACCUGAAAUUUUGGCUGAAAACCCAGAGUAAGACACUACACAACGCAUGCACCUGACAACCCAGAGUAAAACAUUACAGAACAAGUUUAUUGCAGCAGCCUACCACUUUGGCCAGGCCAGUAAAACAUGACACAACACAUGCACCUGAAUUUCUGGGUGAGAACCCAGAGUAAAUUCAAUGCAUACACCUGAAAACCCAGAGUAAAACAUUACACAGAGAAAGUUGCAAGUUCUUUCCCAUAGGCUACCUACACCAAGUACCUGUAACAUGAAAAAAAAAAGGAUGGACAUUGGACAACAGGUGACAAUACAUCCGUAAAUAAUUUCAUCAGGUUGGUAAACGCCUAAAUAGCAAAGUUUUUUCUAUCACAACCAUUUAUUUUUC